GGCUCAGGCUCGGAGCGGAGGAGGUACUGCUGCAAUUGAUGGGGCAUUCAGUGUAGGCGUCCCCCCCCCUUUUUUUUUUUACUUAACACCGUUUACUACGAGAACGUAUUCACUAACAAAUAUUAUAGUUUAUAUGGGUAGAGAUGAUGGAGUCGGACUCUGUGGUUCGAAUUCCUCUGCGCCGUCUUGCAGUGGUCACAGUAUCACUGCCCUUUGGGGCUUUCUUCCUAUGCAUUUACCUAUCACUAAGACACAACUUCGAUUUAUCUACUGCCACUCAUUGCGGCGUCCCUAAUUACUUACCAUCAAUAUCUUCUGCCAUUGGAGAAUUUGUACCUCAGCGAUACAUUUGGAGAGCUGCAAUUGCCGUCCAUUCAGCCCCACGCUUCCUUAUAGCUGCAAUGUACAACAGUUUUAUGAACAGGAUACUACCAAAUAUUAAGUUUUAUAGGAAUGCUGUGAAAGUGACUACAACUUUGAAUGUUAUUGAGAAUAUUGCUCUUCUUGGCCUGUCCUUUGUCUCAUCAAAAGAGAAUUAUGAUAUACAUAAAAUGUAUUUCAUCAUUUUUAUGGUAUGCAGUGAACUGUACAUGGUCUUGACAUGCCUCCUUUUGAGAGACCACAAACGCAGACUUACUACUCCAAUGGAACAGCUUGCAUAUAAGAAAAAGAAACAGUUGAUGACGGCAAAUCUCACAAGCUUUUUCAUUGCUCUUUAUUUCUUCUAUCGACAUAACACAUACUGUGAGCCAGGAAUGUAUUCCGUGUUUGCGUUCUUGGAAUAUAUAGUGGUGCUAACGAACAUGGGCUUCCACAUGGCUGCAUAUUACGACUUCCACAACCAUGAUCUUGUUGUUGCAGAAUGGAAAACCUCAAAUAGUUGACAAUCAGUGUGAGGAAUAACAUAACUCAAGAAGUCAGAGAGUCACUACCAAUAUUAUCCUCAGGGUGAUACAGUGUAUAGUUAAAUAUGGCCAUAUAAAGAGAUUAGUAAAAAUUGUCAAGAGUAUAACUAGAUCUAUGAUUAUCUAUUUGGACUCAUAUGUUGAUAUGUAAAUAUUGAAAUAUUUUCUUUAGAGAAAUCUUGAAAUGGCUUGUUUAACGUAACAAAAUGGGAUUUAAGGCACUCAUUUUGAUGCUUUUCUUUUCCUGUACUUUCCUCUCCUCUCUUCACCUUUCUGCUCCUCUCAUCACCUUUCCUUUCCUCUCCUCUCAUCUCCUCUCCACUCUUCUCCUUUCCUAUCCUUUCCUCUUCUCUCCUCUCAUCUUCUGUCUUCUGCUCUCCUAUCUUCUCCUCUCCUCUAUUCUCCUCACAUCUCUCCUCUUUUCUCCUCUACUCUCUUUUCCUUAACUCCUACCUCCUUUUUCUCGUUAUUCAUCCUUCCAGUGUGUCUCUCUCUAUCAGGUUGCAUAUGCAUGGCUCUGAUCAGGUAUUAGAGUGCUAAUAAUCUAGUACAUGACUAGCAAGAGGUAGGUAGGUGCUAUACAAGUUUAUACUAAAUACAAGAGAGUACAAUCCCUGAGUAAUUUAUGCCAUCCCUUGUACCCCUGUAGGUAUUAUCUUGGUAAGCUACAUAAGUAACACAAGUUUUGAACUGCAUUUUUAACUAUGAAAAUUGGAAAUAAGAAUUCAGUUUUCUCAGAAGUAAUGGCUUGUUCCUUGUAUUGCCUUAUGUAGUAGUGGCUAGUGUAUCCUUCAAAUGAAUAAAAGAAUGCUUGCUAUGUGCUGUAGAGUUUCCUUUUGGAAAAUAAAAGAUUAAGAGGAGUUAGUCCUGCCUUCAAGAUAAUUCAUUUAAAGGCAUAGGUUUCCCACAUUUUAAACUUGCUAUGCAAAUGCACAUAUUAGCUUUUCUGAAGGUACACUUUACUGAGUUAUGCUUUUCCUCACGAGUACAGUUCACUAGAUUAAGGAGAACCACUGAAAGUUAGAAUUCUAAAUGUUGCAUUUCACUUUCAAGAUUGUUAAAAUGUAUUUAUCUGUUAUUAUAUUAAGCAUAAUAGUACAAACCUGACUGGUAAGUGUGGAAUUUUAAGUUUUCUAAUUGAAUUUGACCUCUAUAAACUUUUACUGAAUGGAACAUUAAACAAUACAUUCCAGUUCAUUAAAUAAACCAUUUUCAAGUAUUGGUGCUAGCAUAUGAUAAAAGCAUAUUUAUCUACAUAAUGUAUUCAUGUCAUUUCAGUGAAUGUAUAACAUAAACAUUAAAUGCCAUUGUAGAUGCUGAUAAUUACAUUAAUUCAGCAUAUGAUUUCAAGGUACAAAUUACUACUGAAUAAUACUGGCAGUUGAAAACUUCACCAUGGAGGAUGAAAUUUAUUUCAAAGAUCAUUACUAUCACUUCAUGAAGCAUAUGGUAACAUGUGAAUUUCAAAGAAAUAUAUAUAUAUAUAUAUAUAUAUAUAUAUAUAUAUAUAUAUAUAUAUAUAUAUACAUACAUACAUACAUACAUACAU